ACACUGCCUCUUUGACCACUACACUGCCCAGCUCCAGGAUAACUACCAGCCUUACUGAGACCGCUCUUCUCGGACCCCUCUACUCUGCCUCGUACCUCUCUGCCCCUCUCCUUUGAUUAGCAUAUGACUGCAACCAUGGCUGACAUCAACAAUGGUUAUGAACAAAGGUUUCAGGCAAACGGACAUCAUAAAGAGAUUGACCUGAUCAACAGAGACCCCAAGCAAGUCAACGAGGAUGUGGUGAAGGUGGACUUUGAGGAUGUGAUCGCUGAGCCUGAUGGGACUCACAGUCUGGAUGGGGUGUGGAAAGCCAGUUACACCACCUUCACUGUGUCCAAAUACUGGUGCUACCGCAUCCUAUCAGCCAUUUUGGGGAUCCCAGUGGCUCUGCUGUGGGGCUUCCUAUUCGCUUGCCUCUCCUUCUGCCACAUCUGGGCCGUUGUGCCAUGCAUUAAAAGCUGUCUGAUCGAGUCCCAAUGUCUGAGCCGCAUCUACUCCCUGGCCAUCCACACCUUCUGUGACCCCCUGUUCGAAGCCCUGGCAAAAAUAUUCUCAAGUGUUCGGGUGGUGCUACGGAAGGAGGUGUAGGGUUCAGAAGCAUGGAAAUGGGACAGGGAGGAAGUGGUUAGGCUGCUCUCCACCCAUUUUUUAGCAGAUGCUCUCAGCUACAUUAACUUACAGUUAGUGAAUUCAUCUUAAGAUAGCUAGCUGAGACAACCACAUAUCACAGUUAGUGAAUUCAUCUUAAGAUAGCUAGCUGAGACAACCACAUAUCACAGUUAGUGAAUUCAUCUUAAGAUAGCUAGCUGAGACAACCACAUAUCACAGUUAGUGAAUUCAUCUUAAGAUAGCUAGCUGAGACAACCACAUAUCACAGUUAGUGAAUUCAUCUUAAGAUAGCUAGCUGAGACAACCACAUAUCACAGUUAGUGAAUUCAUCUUAAGAUAGCUAGCUGAGACAACCACAUAUCACAGUUGUAGUACAUUUUUCCUCAAUAAAUAAGUUAUCAGCAAAUACAGUGCUAGUAGGAAAAGACAACUGUAUGUUUUAUUUAAUAUGGUCUUUGUAGAGGAAGGGUUUCAGACAUUUUUUCGGAAGAUGGGCAGGGACUCUGCUGUCCUAGCACCAGGGGGAAGCUGGUUCCACCAUUGGGGUGCUAGGACAGAUAAGACUUUGACUGGGCUGAGCGGGAGCGGACCUCCUGUAGGGGUGAGACGAACAGGAGGCCAGAGGUGCCAGAAUGGAGUGCUCUGCAGUAUGCCACGUAGGCUACUUCCCUGGCCUCCUGUCUGACUGCUGAUGCUGGGUCUGACUGACCAUCUUUCAAACAGAGUUUGUGAUAGAUAGAGAUUAUUGUGUUCAAUCAGAAGACAAGAAGAAGAGUGCUCGCAUCUUGGUGCCAUAGAUGGGGGUAAUCCAUGGUCUAUACAACAUGGUACACUACGAACAACACUCAUCCAUGCUUGAUUGAUUUGAUACUUAAGUAUAUUCCAUGCUCUAUUCCAUGGUCAUUUUUCACAUGUUGAUGCUACAAUAAAUUACUUGUUUAAUGUU